UAAGUAUAAACACAGUCCACAGACCACAGUUAUGAGUUAGGACAAGGUUAAUUAGUAUUAAAAUUUAAUCCUUGAAUAUUAUUAAAUUGACUAUUAUUAAAUUUCUAGCCACCUAGGUAUUAACUAAUUGGUAAUUAUUUUGUUUUAAUUCCUAUUUUAUAGUGAUUAUUGUUUAAAAUAAAUGAAAAUAAACAAAGAUGGGAAACACGGCAAGUUUAAAGAACCAUGUUGAAACAUCCAGAAAAACAGGUGUGUUAAAUUUAUCGGAUAGCCAUCUUAAACAGUAUCCAGAUUCCAUUGACGUUCUUCAUUCUUCUUUAAGAAAUUUGGAAUUGUCUAAAAACAAAUUAAAAGUAUUACCAAAAUCUAUUGGUCAAUUCAAAGAACUAAAGAUACUUAAUGUCAGCAACAACUCGUUAGAAAAUCUACCUGAAGAAAUAAACUGCUUGUCAAAGAUUGAAACAUUACAGGUGAAUUGUAACUUAUUAAAGUCUUUACCCCCAAUGAAUAAUUUGAUAUUUCUAAAACGUGCUUCGUUCGGAGACGAUCAGCUCAGUAUAUUUCCAGAAUUUUUGUGUGAGUUAAAACAUCUAGAAGCAUUAGCACAAUGCCCCAGAUUGAAGACUUUGCGCGUAGAAGAAAAUUGUCUAGAACUAGACGAUAUUCCAAAAGAAUUAUUAACAUCGUCUAAAGUAUCGUUAUUAUGUGUUGAAGGGAAUUUAUUUGAUAUGAAAUCUUUAUUAGCAUUAGAGGAGUAUAGCAUAUACAUGACAAGGUAUACAGAAGUAAAAAAAAAAAUGUUUUAAACUAAUUUUUUUUGUUUAUUAUUGAUUUACUAUUUGUAUAUUGUUGAGUACAUUACCUAAAUCAUUAUGCUCAGUAAUUUAAUUAUUCCAUGAUUGAUUUUUUUACUUGCUUUUUAUUAUUUCAUAUUAACAUAUUAUGUAUAACAAUCAAAUAUGCACAUUAUUCAUAAUAUGUUAUCUUAUGAGGAUUUUUUUAAAUUUAGAUCACGAACAGUUAUAGGAUUGGGCCACUAAUACCAUAAAGACAGUUUGUGCAUAAUGUCUUCAGAGUUAAAUAAUUUAAAAAAUAAGUAUAAGUUAUCUU